GCGGGAGGCAGGCGCGACCGCAGGUGGGCCAUUGCGGACCUCACGAGACAAGUUGGGUUUGUUUAAGGCUUCUCGCGGAAGUUUAUAACAUCCUCCAAAGCGGCCAGCGCUCGCCGGUGCCACACGCCAUAACGAGAGCUGCUCUCCUGCAGCCUCGGCCCGCGCGCAGCCGGACGCAGACUAGAAGCGCGGAGCGAUGUCGCACUACGGAGGCGGCGCCGGCGACGACGCCCCGCCGGGCUACUCCGGCCCACCUAGAAACACGGCCCCACCGCCGGGCUACCAGUCCUACAACUACAACCAGCCACCCCAACAAUAUUAUCCCGCGACGCCCGUAAAUGCCCAGCCGUACAACCCGCGCCAGACGCAGCACGCCCAGGCGACGGGACGAAACGAUCGCCAGUUGCCCGACGGGACCUGGGUCGAUUAUAAAGGAGAACCGCUGCGCCAGAACUUUGUCACGCGAGCGGACGGUUCGAUUGUAUCUGAAAAGUUCGAAGUGGAGCUGAACCAGAUGUACGCGCGCUGCGUGACCAUGGGCGACGUUUUUAGAAUUUGGAACGAGCACGGCGUGAUGAACGGGAUUAACUUGUCGACAGGUCUGGCUCGGUUGGGACGAGCUGUAGCUAGAGAUCGCUCAUUAGUUAAUAGAAUUCGCGACUCGUAUGAGUUUAGGGACAUGUGCAAACUCCUACGAUCCAAAUUAUGCGACAACCCCGACUGGACCGGAGCUCGUCAAUUGGCGACGGCGGCGCACGCGUUCGCGAAACUUAACCCGGCCAACGCGCGGGGCCAGGACACGCGCAACGAGGUCGCGGCCAUGGCUACUGUGGGAAGGGCCGCCACCGCCAAAAUCCGCGAGUUCAACACGCAGGAGCUUAGUAAUACGGCGUGGGCGUUCGCGACGGCGCAGCAUCCCGAGCCCGUGCUGUUCCAGGCCAUCGGUUCUCAGGUCGUCUUGAAAGCCCCGCAGUUCAAGGCCCAGGAGAUCUCCAACACGCUGUGGGCCUUCGCGAAGCUCGACGUGCCCAAUGCCGACGAAGUGUUUGCGUCGCUCGCGGACGCGGCUAUAAGGUUGGCCUACAACAACCCGUCGGCCUACAACCCCCAGAACGUCUCGAACGCCCUCUGGGCCUUCGCGAAAGCAGGAAGGAGCCACCCGCAGCUCUACGCGGCGCUGGGUCCUGUUGGUGCUAGAAUUGCGCGGAACUUCUCGAUGCAGGCCCUCGCGAAUGUAUAUUGCAGUGUCCUUGAAACGAGCGUCGUCGUGCGGUCGCGUCGAUGGCGUGGGGGCGGACGCGACCUCUCUGAGGCCGCGAAGCCGUCUCGAGCCGCGCUCACAGAAACUCGGCCAGGAGGCCGUGGGACCGCCCUCGACGCCAUCGACGCGAUGGUUCGCCGUCGUCGGCGCCGCGGAUCGCCGAGCUUUCACAACACAGGUCGCCUGGGCCUACGCGCAGAACCACGAGCAGUGCCCGGAGCUCUUCAAUGCGUUAGGUGAUUUCGCCGCGGAGCAUGUUUUGGACUUCUCCCCUACAGCGUUAGCGGACACGACCUGGGGCUUCGUGCAAUGUGGCUCGCCCAAUCCGAGAUUGCUUGACAGGGUCGGGGACCUACUCUAUAGAAGAGCUCGCUCAUUAGAUUUCACGCCCCAGUCGCUCGCGAGACUCGCCCAGGCGUUUAUGAGAGCGGACCAGAUGGGCUCCGGGUUUCGGUUCACGGAGCAACACUUGGAUGGGCUGUUGACUGGCGCGCACGCCUUCGCCACCGGUCCCAAAAAUCUCAGAACGCGAGAUGGGACGGACUUACUGAAGGCCUACGCCGAACUACGCUUAUCCAGACACGGGCAGGACCACCAUCGGCGCUUCGCGGACGUCUUCUACGCGGUCGACCAAGCUCUGGGGAGAAGUGUCCGAGACUUCUAUCCCAAUGAUUUAGCGAUUGCGGCUUCAUCCUUCGCGUCCGUGAACUGCGACGCGCCUCGAUUCUUCCGAGACUUGUUGAGGAACGCGGACCACUGCUUCGCGGAGCAUCGAAACUCGAUCCUGAAAUUUGAAAGUGCGUCGGACGUCCUGAGAGCAUGUGCUGCUUUGGGCUGGUUCGACGAAGACGCCAUGGCGCGACUAGGACAGCUGUGUGCGGAUCGAAUUGAUCAUGCGUCGGACGAUGCGUUGACCGAUGCCGUCGAAGCAUUGGCACGAUUAGGAGGGUUACAUGCCUCACCUUUGUUCCGAGCCGUCGUCGAUUGCAAGCGGACCUUUGAAUCAAGACAUGCUUCGCGAAUCCUCGACGCCUUCGCUCUCGCUGGCGCGUGGCACGACGACUUUUUGUCAUCGUUGUCGGAGCACGCGUCGUCAGCCAAAAUUUUUCUGUUUGCUGCUGCGGCUGAAAGGCCUUCACUCUUACCGCCCGGCAUGAGUCCGGAACCCCUGCAGGACUCGGAGCGAAGGAAGGAUAUCGUCGCGAAAGUGGUGUCGGAACUCAACGAGUGGGGCUGGGCCUGCUCCACCAUAGGUGGGGCCGACGCGUUGUGUGGAGACGUCUGCUGCCUGUUCGACGAUCGACUCGUGAGGGACGUCGGCGGCAAGCGCGACCGGCCCGACGGCACGGCUUUAUUACACGCGCGUUUGGCGCUGCGCGCGGGCCGGCGUUUGGAGUUCGUGGCGCGCGAGGCGCUCGACGAGGCGCGGGCGUCCGAUAGUGCGCGCGCGGCGCUGCUCGCGCGGUUGAGAGGGGACGAGCCUUCUCCGAAGCGGGCCAAGGUCGAGGAGCCCGCGGCGGCGAUGGAGACCGAGCCCACGAAGGAUGAGCCGGCGGCUGAGCCGGCCCCCGAGGCUCCGGUCGAGCCCGCUCCCGCGGCGAUGGAGGCAGAGCCAACGGCCACGCCGGCGCCUGCAGCCGAGCCCGCGCCGGCGGCUGAGCCGGAACCGGCGGCCGCGGCGCCGGCCGCCGCGGCCUUCGACGAGGCCGCCGCGACGAAGGAGUGCAAGAAGCUCACGGUGCCGAAGCUGCGCGCCGCGCUCGAGGCCGCGGGCGCGGACACGAAGGGCCUAAAAGCGGCGCUCGUGGAGCGCCUCGUUGGCGUCAAGCGCGCGGCCGCGCAGAAGGGGUGAUGGAGUUGCUCUAGUUUAGAUUGAUGCUUAAGCUGGACGGUUGAACUA